AUGCCCAAGGUCGUGGAAUCUCAGCUCGGCGGUCACGACAUAUUACCAUCUAGAGAGAACACCCUAGACAGUGUGGGGGAAUCUCCCACGUACUCGACUCUCAGAUGGUGGUACUUGGAGAUAGGAUGUUGCUUCCUCGCCAUUGCAAGUCUCGUGGCCCAAGCCAUCGUCCUCUGGCAGUACGACGGCAAACCGCAAGAUGCAUGGCCAAGCACGACUCUGACCCUCAACGGUCUGAUCGCGAUUUUAGCCACCGUCUGCCGCGCGACCUUCAUGAUCGCUGUGGGUGCCAUUCUCAGCCAGGCAAAAUGGAAUCAUUUCUCUGGAAGAGGGAAGAAAAGUGGAUACCAAAGACUGGAUGACUUUACCUUGAUCGACGACGCCUCGAGAGGUUCAUGGGGAAGUUUGCAGUUGAUGUGGAGGUUCAAGGGAGCACACAUUGCUUGCGUCGGAGCCGUGUUGACGAUGUUGUCACUUGCUUUGGGCUUCUUCUCUCAGCAACUGAUUACCUUGCGGAUAGACCAGAUUGAAAGCAAUGCGCAAGGCCAAGCGGGAACCGUAGCCAGAAGUCAGUGGGCAAGCGCCGUAUCAGGAACCGCAAACUCUUGGAGUCCCCUAUCACCGACAAAACUAGCCAUGUACAACGGAUUCAUGUCUACAGAAGUCAGCUUGCCGCAAGUCACCUGCCCAACUGGGAACUGCACUUGGCCUAUCGUUCCAACCGUUGGGGUCUGCGGCUCAUGUGUCGACCUCACAUCCGAGAUCAAAAUCAACCGAAGCUCCUCCGCAUAUUGCAUUGUGACUGCGCCGGAUGGUGCACAGCUUCGAGGAUACUGCGGCUCAGGAUCUGAUUUCAUGCCCGUAUUCAACAUCAGCACUGGCUCGAACCGUACUUUUGAAUCUACGGAUCCUCGAAUGAUCAAGGUGGACGCGCCCAACCUGAUUGCUCAAUUCAGCGGUCUGGGUAUUCCCGGCGGGAUGCCAGCGACUACCCCUCUUGACGACUCCCGUGCGGCUGAAUGUGCUCUGUGGUAUUGCCUCCAGGCAAGGAACAUCAGUGUCGAGUCAGGAAAGUUGAAGGACGAGAUCGUCGAUACCUGGAGUGAGGUAUCCGGAGUUUCGACUCCCGAUGGGAGAAAUGUCACAUUCGCCAAUAUCCCGGCCAACUUCAACGCCGAAGCUGGCAAAAGCUACGGGAUGGGUCCAUUUCAGAUGUACGCCAUGCAAGGGUACGCAAAGACAAACAUCAUAGGAAACGUCAGCGCCGAUGGAACUUUGGGGAUCGUGUUCACAUCAGCGUCGCCCUUUGCAGACGGAAUGCACGCCAGUUUCGGGGAUGUUGGCAGCUGGAUGGAGAGACUUACGAGAAGCUUGACCAACGACGUGCGCCUAAAUAGCAACGACACCACAAGCGACGAUGCCUUCAGAGGUACCGUAAUGACCAGCCAGGUAGUCAUUGUCGUGCGUUGGGGUUGGAUCGUAUACUCUGUUGCCUUGGUCGCUGUGUCGACGAUUUAUCUUGUAGCUGAGGUUGUGCGAACGGACAGGAAAGGACUGCUGCCCUGGAAAUCUGAUGUUCUCUUGCCAGUGUGCAUGGACAUGGAUGAUGGGAUCAGGGAGAAAGCAGCGGGGGGCAUCAUUGAGCCGGGCGGCCUAAAGAGAUUGGUCGGGGAUGUUCCGGUUCAGCUGAGGGCUGACAGGACCGGCGUUAUUAGGUUCGCACAAGAGGUCAAGACCGAUGUAACAAAUUCGCCUUGA